AUGCUGGCCACCAAGUCCGUCUCUGCCGUUCGCCCCGUGGCCGCCAGCCGCUCUCUGGCUGUGCGCCCGGUGGCCAAGGCCCAGGCUAGCAAAGCGACCCUCGCUGCCGCGGCCGCUGUUGUGGCUCUGAGCGCGGCCCACCCGGCCGAGGCCCAGCAGCUGGUGGCCACCGUGGCCUCCGCCGCCGAGGGCUACCCCUUCGUGCCCCCGGAGUACCUGCCCUCCGUGCUGGUGCCCACCGUGGGCCUCAUCGUGCCCGCCAUCGCCAUGGCUUGGGCCUUCUCUUGGAUCGAGAAGGAGAAGAGCGCUUGA